UCAAGCCACCGCGGGUGUUCUGUCCACGAUGGUUAAUUUAAUUCAAAGCACUUAAUGCAUAAUAAUUAGCGGACAUUAAUAACUGCUAAGAGUCAGCGUUGGUUGUUUCCAUUGACUUUGAAGGAAAUGCGUUUUUGUGGAGUUGUACACUGAGAUCAAGUGAAUGCUAUACUACUAGUAGUAGUAGAUUUGUAGUUCAAGAGACACAAUUAGGAACACAAAUAUAUUACAUUUAAAAGCAUUUUUUUGUGGUGUUUUUUUAAGGUAAUCCAUCACCAACAUUGCAGGAUGUUAGGACAGGGGCGUUGCUAGACCUAGAGUUUUACUGGGGCACAGGCCCCCAACUGCCAACAUUUUUUUUUUUACGUGUGCACAAUAUGAAAUAGAUGGAUACAGAAGGCCAGGAUGUCUUGUAACAGCAGUGUAACCCAUGUCCAGCUGUCCACGUUGGGCAAAGCCGAACGCACCACAGUGCAUCUCAUGCCGUGUGAGAUUGAACACAACGGUCCUGCCCAAGUCUCCCAGUACUUUUCAGCUACUACCAAAGAUCGCAAACAAGACAAGACCGUGUCCUUCAGGGGGCGUGGCUUGCGGGGGGCGGAGCUCAGCUGCCCGCAGGGAUACACUGGCCUGGUACUGAAGGAGGUGAACCCCAACAGCUCGGACCAGGAGGACAGGACAGUGAAGGUGUCCUCCGUGUUUGACAAGCUGACCUACUGGAACCUGGAAACCCCUCCCAACUCCGAUGACAUGGUUGUCAUGGCGAUGGAUUGGCCUGAACUGGCUGAGGCUAUUCAUGGAGCUGUAGAAGAUUGAUUGGAGACGCCUUCUUCUUCCUCGGCCCCACUGGCAGAAGCACCGGUGCAGGUUAUCCUCCCACUCCAGCAAGCCAGAGAACGGAACGGUCGUCUGUGAAUGGAGCAUUCGAAGCAUGGCACAUCUCCCAAUGACGAACAUUCUUGUGUUACUGCGACACAAAUAACUAGACAUAUUUCCUUAUCAUAUAUUUGACCUUUUUGGAGUGAGGGUAGAUUUAAACGUUUAUUCACAAUAAUAAAAUGAACAUUAACAUA